AUGGCGGCGACAGCGCAGCAAAUCCUUGCGGCCCCCGAAAAGUUUGCAGCUGUCGGCCUCCGGGUUUUGAACGAGAUGGCGCGCGACGCAGAUCCCCAGAUCUCGCGCCUCGCGAUGCUCAGCUGCCUGGCUGUCUUCCGGGAUAUUUUGCCCGAGUACAAGAUCCGGCCGCCUACAGAGGCUGAGCUGGCGGUCAAGGCCAGCCGCGAGGUCGAGCAGCUGCGCGCCCACGAGUCGUCGUUACUGAAGGCGUACCAGCUGUACCUGAAGCAGCUGCUCGCCGCCGCCGACGCGGCGCCGCCGCGGGGCGGGGGUUCCGGCAGCAAGGGCGGUGGCGGGAGGGAGGGCGGGGCCGGCAGGGCGGCAGAAGCGGCCCUCGCGAGCGCGCGGGUCGCGGUGCGGUGCCUGGCGGGGCUGCUGGUGGCGCGGCCGGGGUUCAACUACUGCUCAGACAUACUGCAGGAGCGCGCGAUCGAGCUGCCGACCAGCGCCGCGCCGGGUCCUGGAGGUCCCCUCCAGACCGCAGGCACACGCCCUCGCUCGCGGGCCCGCACCCGAAGCCCCUCCUCAAUAUUUUAA